AUGGGUGGAGGUCAUAUAAUAUCUAGUCAGUUAGCCAAUCAUAAUUGGCCAUGUCCACAUGAUUGCGGCCGUAGCUACAAGCAUAAACAUUCAUUAGCUAACCAUUUAAAAUAUGAGUGCGGAGUACAGCCACAAUUUUUUCGCAAGAAUUGCACCCGUUCAUUCAAACUUAAACAUCAUCUGAAGAAACAUACAAUGAGUUGCAAUAAUAUUCCACCCGAGUUUAGUUGUCCGAUUUGUAAUAAACUCUUCAGGCAAAAAUGGGAUCUGAAAACGCAUAUGGGAUGCGUUCACAAAGUUAUCAAUAAAAUAAAACAUAGGUACUCUGAAUUUGAUAGUCACUUUUUCAAUCAUAAAUGGCCAUGUCCACAAAAUUGCGGUCGUAGCUACAAAAACAAACACUCAUUAGCAAGCCAUUUGAAAUAUGAGUGCGGAGUUCAACCACAAUUUAUUUGCAAGAACUGCACCCGUACAUUCAAACUCAAACAUCAUCUAAAGAGCCAUACAAUGAGUUGCGAUAAUGUACCACCAGAGUUUAGUUGUCCAUUUUGUAAUAAGCUCUUCAGGCAAAAAGUACAUCUAAAAACGCAUAUUGGAUGCGUGCACAAAGUCAUCAACAUUUAACAUUUUAACGUCAAAUCUAUUUAGAACAUAGUGGGAAACUGCUAUGGCAUGAUUGGAUUUUAUAAUAACUGUCAAGUUUCAUCCCACAUCGAGCAAUAGUAAAGGUACCUAGAUUACAUACAUUAUAACAAAGAUACAAGUAAAAAGAAAAUUACUUCUGAAAAGAAAAGUCACUUAUCAAUUUAAUUUUAUAUAAAUAAACUCUGUAUAUCAUAACGGCUACAGUUUAUUUGCGCUCCCAGAGUGGUACAUUUGCACCACGAGGGAUGUGAAUAAAUGCGCCCGAAAAAUAAGGUACUACCUGCCAAUUUAUAGCUUAUAUGCGCCCGCCUAUUUUACAUACAAUGUUGCCGUUGUGAUUCACAAUAUAGAUUAGUUUUACCUUGGUAAAUAUUUAAAUUAAGUAGAUUAGUAGAUUAUAGUAUGAUCUACUAAUUGUGCAGUUAUUGUCAUAUUGACUAAUUGUUUUAAACCCAUAACCCAAAAUGUUGAAAAAAUUAGUCAAUAUGACAAUAACUUAUUAACAUUAAAUCCAGGAUUUCUAAGUUGAACAACACUUAAUUAAUUCACACUAAGUUUUAUUUACUGUAGUCAUAAUUCAUCUCACAUGAAAUAAUAUAAAUAUUUCAAAUUAAAAAAAAAAAAAUGUCGGAAAAUACCUAUAACAUAUAGUUAAGUACAUGCAAUUAUUAUAAAAAUUAAUACUAUUGAUUUUUUUCACACAUAUAUAAUAAAAAAAAAGUAUAUAAAAAAUACUUCAUAAUAAGUUAAUCCCUCUUAAUUUACCUAUAAGCAAUUUUUUUUAAAUAUUGUACUCUGUUUUUAUUUUUUGUUUCAUAUUCAGUCAAAGUUGUACAUGCAAAUUCUAUAGGUACAUUGCUUUUCAUUUCAUCUAGGUUUCACUGUUCCUUUAUUUUUUAAAUGAGUUUCCUCUUGAAUUAAUUUUAAAUUUUCAAUAACAUUUGUAAUUUGAGGAUGAGGUGAAUAAAGUUCUAAAUUAAAAUGUUUGUAGAAAGACUCAGCAUAAUUUGUAGUUCGUGGUGCUUCAGAAGGAGGUUCAGCCCAUAUCGAUGGUGGAAAUUUACACCCAAUAAUAAUAUAAUUAUAUAAUAUAUAGUUUGAUAAUAUUGAUAAGAGUAUAACGUGUAAAUUAAAAAUAGUUAAAACGGGAAAAUAAUAUGUAUAAUAGUUUUAACUUUACAAGGUACUAAGUAUUAGUAUUAAGGUGAGUAGUAUUACUUAUAUUCCAAAAUACAGUUUGGCAACAUUGCAUGAGUUUAACACAUUUUUAUUAAAAAUAUUUUGGGCGCAAGUGGGUUGUAAAAAAGGUGUGAUGGGCGCAAAUGGUUUGCACCAAUUAUAACUAGAGCACAGUGCUAGUCAUUGCAGCAAUUGCAUAUUUUUUCUUUUUCGCAUUUUUAGAUUUUUGUCAGCAAUCUGUAUGAAUUAUAAAAGCUUGAAGAUACUGGCAAUUUUUGUUUUUGCAUAUUUUUUCAUAUUUAAGGGUUUUGCAUAUUAAACCGAAAAUCUAAAAAAAAAUGUAUAAAAUAUUAUGUUGUCAAGUAGAAAUAUUAAAAACAAUUUUGUUGGCAUUAACUAAUAAUUAAAGUAAAGAUAAGAUGAAUAAUUGAUUAUGAUAAAUGUUUGUGUCCAUCAAUAAUUUAUUUUGCUGUAUCAGUCAGUUAUUGACAUACCACUCAGUUAUGUUGUUUGUCAUUUAGUCCGUAAAUUGUGAAUAUGCCAAAAAUUAGUAGUUUGAUUUGCAACAAAAUUUGAGAAUGGAUUUCCUCAAAUAAAAACACUACGGUUACACUACAAACGGAAAAAUAGUAUUUUGAAACCCUUGUAGAAAAUCUAUUGUUUGUGAUUUUAAAAAUACAUUAAGUUGUUCAGAAAAAUGUACAACAUUAUUUUUUUCAUUAAAUAUUUGAGUUAUUAAUUAUUUAUUUUUUAGAUUCUGAGCGGAGUGAGGAAUGUAUUGGUUUUACAAUGAUGUUUAUUUCUUUUUUAUUCUUUAAACACUUUUUCUCCCCCUAAACUUGCACUCAAAAGUACAACUUUAGCAUAUUUUCUGAAAGGUAAUGUUCUUGAGCUGGUACUUUAAAGAGGUCAUUUUUCAAUUUUUGAAAGAAUACUUGAAAUAAUAGCGGUUAAAGGAGAACAAAUGUACAACUUCACGAUUAUGUAGGUAAAAUAAAAUAAUUACGGCUUUGUUUAUCACCAUAGAAACGAAUAAAAUUAAAUAAAAAAGAUCCCCUCGUUCGCUCAGAAUCGUUUUUUAUCAAAUGCAAUCAUAUUGCAUUCAAAUCGAAUACCUACAAUAAAAUUAUACUAUCCUGUCCAAAGACCGAAGGGACGAUGGACAAACAUCCACCGCCGACAUGCGCCGACCUAUUUUUUUUUUAUUAUUAUUAUUAUUUUAUUUAUACAUUUUAGAUAAAUAAAAAAAAAAUUCUUGCAUAUUUUGAUACUUUAUAGUGCAUAAAAAUCUGAGAUCUAAUCAUAACUAUUAUCUGUUUACAUUUUAUUAGUAUGUUAAAAUUAAAUAUAAUAUGUAUGUACAGUAUUUGUCUAUUAAUAAAUAUAUUUUUAAAGGUAUUUAAAAAAAAAAAAUCAGUCCCCUCUUGGCUUCUUAUCUAUUUACCAAGUUCAGUUGAAUGUUUAAUAAUUACAAAUUGUGUAGAAAAAAUUGAAAUCUUUAACUGACAUAGGUAUAUCUUUGAAAUGUAAAAAAUAAAAUGUAAUAAUAGUAAUAAUACUACAUGUAAAGAAUUUAUUAUUAGAAAACUCAUUCUAAUAAUUAUCAAAUUAGUUUUACUAUUAGGUAUGGUGUCCACUAUUUGAUGUCUCUGUCAUUUUUAUUGGCAAUAACAUUAAUAACUAAUAAAUAAAUAAAAUGUUUAAAAAUUAAGUUAUACUAUUGAGAAUAUUAAUCUCAAUAUUUAUAUUUUUGUGUUUUUUUUUUUACAAUACAAAAAAAGUAUUUAGUAUUCUAUAAUAUUUAAUAAAUCAAAUUUAUUUAAAAUAUAACCUUUAUGAUAAAGCCCUAUUUUAGAUGGACAAUUAUUUGAAAAACAUGCUCAAAAAUUCAUCAAAUAUCUCUCAGUUGUCUAUAACUAUAUUUAAUAAUAUUUAAUAAUAUUCUAUAUCAUUCUAUAUUUUAUUAUCAUUAAGAUUUAAAUACUUUUUUGGACAUAAAAGGUGAUGUAUGUUUUCCUUGCUUACAAACCUUUUUAAUUCCAUUAUUUUAAUGCAAAUCAAAAUAAGUUGUGAUGACAUUAAUAAUUAUUAAUUGGUAAUACUAUAAUUAUAACUUAACACUAGUGUGAGAACUAUUACAGUUGUAUACUAUGUAAUAUUAUUUAAUGAUUUUGAGUAUUUAUUUUUUAAUUAAUAAAGUUAUAACUAUUUAUUUGAACAUACUUAGUGUCUAGUAUUCAAAAUAUUAUAAAAUUUUAAUUUAUGCAAUAAAUAAUUACAUACCUAUAUCAAAUGUAUUGAUAAAAUAUAAAAUAUAGAUAAUUAUUAUCUAUACUAACUAUUAAGGUUUUUAUAUAUUAUACAAUAUUAGCUGUAUUAUCUGGAUUAAAAUUAAUCUAUCUUAUUAUUUUCUAUUUUGCUUCAAACAAAAUAUACAAUGCAAAUAGGUACUGCAAUUACAAUGAAUAAAUAUAUGAUUUUCUAUUUCUUAGCAAUUCUGGUCCUAUUUUUUUAUGUAAUUACAAAAAAAAAAAAAUUGGAACAGAUUCAAUGAAUGCUUAAAAGGCAACUUUAAUAAAAUAUUAUUAAGGUUGGUAUUCAUCAUUAUGUGUGAACAUCAAAAAUAUGUUCAGAAUUAAGAAUACAAGUCAUAAUUGCAAAUCAUUAAAAACAUCUAAUAACUAUUGUAUUCCCAUAAUAUGUCAUAUUUUAUUAAUUAAAUAUAAUCUAUAUUCAAUAGAAACCGUAAAUAUAUACAAAAAAUACUUUUGUGAGUUAAAAUUAAAUUCAAGUGAAAACUAUGCUAUAGAAAUUUAUAGGGAUUAAAAAAAAGGUAAAAACACUGAAUUUUAAGAAUUUUAUAAGUACCUAUAAUUUUUAUUAAAAACGGUCAAGAUGAUUAGAAGUUACUUGAUUACAAUAGACCAGGAAAGAUAGUUGGAGUAAUUAUUGCUUCCUUCAUCCGAUUUAAAAAAAAAGUUGUAUACAUGCAUGAGCCCUUGGUUUUAACUAUUUUAUUUAUGCCUAUAGACUACCUCCACCCUCCUUUUAUGUCGGGCUGGAUUUGCCCCUGCUACAGAUGGAGAGAAGAAUUAUAUAUAUUACAAGCAAAGUAUAUAAUUUGUAUACUUGUAUAAUUUGUAAUAUCCAGACAUUGUAUAAAAUGUCCUUCAUAUAUUUGACAAUAUGUAGAUAAUAAUGUAUUUAAUCGUAAAGUAUAGUCAAAAUAUAAUAAAUAAUAUUUAUAUUAUAAGAAAAUAUAAUAAUAAUCGGUGUUGUGAUUUUAUACCAUUUGCAAAUUUCUUAUGAGAUGCUUAAAAAAUAGCAAAGUAAGCUAAAAAUGUGUUUCAUGAUAAAAAGAAUUCAAAUUAAAAAUUUUAUUUUGAUAGUUUUUGCAUAUUUUGUGAUUUUUAAAUUUUUAAUACUUUUUUUAGACUUUUUGCAUUUUUACCUGUUUUUGAGUCAAAAUCUGUCUUAUUUUGUGAAAUUAUAUUUUAGCAAAACAUGUUUUUAGAUUUUUGUUAAUUUAAUUAUCAAGUAAAUUAUAAAUGUAUAGAAUAAGUAAAUAGACCGAUUACGCUGAUGCAACACCAUACAAUUACAGCGAUAAUAUAUAGAUAUAAUAUACUAUUACGAUAAUUUCGCAUUAGAUAUCUGCUGGAUUUAUAGGGUUUUUUCUACUGUAAGAUUUCCUUUUUUUUUGCAUAUUUUAUUUGUAUUAAUGCAUAUUAAGCAAUAUUUAAGGUCAUAUUAUAGUGCAUAUAUCAGCAAUUAUAAAUGCUAUAAAAUCUCUACCUUGAUAAAAAUAUUUUUUAGUAUUUCCGAACAUAUCAUUAAUCAAGCAAAUACUAAAUUUAAUAAAAUUAAUAAAAAUUAAAAAUCUAUUGUAAAAAAAUAAUUAUCUAAUACCAGCCAAUGGCCACUGCGAAUAUAUAUUUUAUUUUUAUGUUACUUAUUAUCCGUAUCAUUUUGAUGUGCAUAGUCGCUCCUCUGCUUUGCACUUGCACUUUUGUAUUUUAAAUUUUUGUUCACAUGUACUUUGGUCGUAACACUGACCACCACUUCUCCUAAAUUGGUCUCGUUCUGUCCCUCAGAGUGAAAUUUUGGUCUGUGGCACAUCAGCGACUUGAAGAAAUCUUUCUUUGCAAAUUAUAAAUUGGUUAUUACUGACAAGUUGAAAGGUAGCUUUUCUUAAUUCAAUAAUGCUUUAUUGUAAGAAAUUUGAUAAGAACAAAUGAACAAACAUAAUAUUAACUAAUCCAAAUCUACAAAUUAUAAUCAAUGCUUAAUCUGGUUCUGGUAUUUUGACUAUAUGCACUUUACGGUUAAAUGUUAUAUUAUCUGUACUGCUGAGUAUACGAAGGCCAUUGUAUAAGAUACUCGGGCAUUGUAGAAAAUACUCAAAUUUUAUACUUUGCCUGUAACAUAUAUAUACAAAGAUCAUUAUAUGAUUAAUUUAUUAAUUAUUAUUUAUUUAUUUAUUUAUUAUAAAAUAUACAAGCCCAGCCCUUUGUACAAUUAAGUAGAUUAAUUAUCUAUAAAGUAGGAUAAACAAUAAAAUUAGUAACAUGAUAAUUUAUAACAUAGUAAAUAAAAAAAUAUAUAUAAAUACAUGUUUGUAUAAUUGUAUGUGUACAAUUAAAAGUUUAAAAGAUUAAAGUAAGGUCUGUGUUGGCGUGUGACAUAAAAUGUUUUAUGGGUUUACUGUUCAUGUAGUUGGUGGAACUGAAGGGUAAAUGGAACAUAGCAGUAGAGCGAAAGUACCAUUGGGGAACUUUAAAUGUAACUAGGAAAAGUAAGGUUGGUAAAUAACAAACAUUAGUCAGUAGGUCAUUUAAAAACUUGUUAUCAUUAUAAUGUUGGCGCUAUUAUAUUAAUAUGUUAUUAUAUAUUUACACUUGCCUAAUUAAAUACUUGCUAUUUUAUUUAUACUUAGACAGGUAAUAUUUGAUUACAUAGCUUAAGUAUGAAGGUAUAACAACAUGUGUACUAGGUAAGUAGUAAAGAUUAUGAUUUAUAUGUACUAAAUUUAAAUGGUUUAGAAUAGUGGAGAGCAUUUGCACAGAAUUCAAAGUAUACAGGUAAAUGAUUUAAUUAUUAGUCACUAUUUUGAUCUUUUUGGACUCCAGAAAACAACAUUCAGUUUAACUCAUUUAAUGAAAAUAAAAUUAGUAUCAUCUAAAUAGCAAUAAAUUGAAUAAGAUUUUUUUUAUUUUCUCGGUGAAUAUUUGUGAUUUUAAGAAAAAUGUCUCAUCACAGUAUUGUGUAACAUUGUAUCUGGAUUAAAUUAUCUUCAUAAUUUAUUAAUUAUUCUUAGUCACUUAAAAGACAGAAAAAAUAAUUAUAAAACUAUAAUUAUAAAAUGUUCAAUACAUAAUUUUUCUUGUUUUAUAAGCACCUAGAUUAGGUAUGUUACUUUCAUCAAUAUAAUUGAUGUUAUUUAAAAUUAAUAUCUAAGCUGAUAAAGUCAAUAUCACUUUUUCUGCCAAUAUAUGUUUCCAUUGGAUUGCAUAUCCCGUGAAAGGUAUAGAAAUGUAAACUCUGAAAAACUUAUAGCUCCUUCAAAUGUUUAAUUUAUUUAUAACUAUUAUUUGUCUUUAACUAAUUAAAGUGAUAACUCAUCAAUAAUUAGUGUGUAUGACUAGUUCAAAGUUACCUCUAUUAAAAUUAUUCUGCACUCAUCUUGAAAAACAUUCCUACUCAUCUAUGUUUGUUGCUGACAUAAAACUGAUUUGCUUGUAUAAGUUGCAAUUUUGUUUAAUAUUGAAUAUUUAAUUAUAACAUGUAUGUUAUAAAAAAUAAACAAAAUAAUAAUGUAAAAAAGUUCGUUUUUGGAUUAUUUAUUACAAUUAGCAUACUAGCAAAAUAUUGUUGGCAAGCUAAAGUUUGAAAACACCUGUUAUAAAGCUUUAUAAAAAAUAUUGACUCCAUUAACUAAUAUUUACAAGACAAUAAGAAACUAUAAUACAAAGUUUAACUGACUGUUAAUUAUUCAAAAUUAAUUAUUAAAAAAAACAUAAAUAUAUUCAUUAACAUCAUUGAAAUAUAUAUUAGUUUUACUAUCAGUUCUUUGAUAUACUUAUUAUCUAUAACUAACCAAUAGUAUUAAUGAGUUACUGAGGUUUCUUACUAAUACAUUGGUUCCAUUAAUUUUUCUAUUUUUAAAGAAAUAUCAUGACUAAUUGAUUUAUAAAUCUUCCAUUUUGGCAAUGCCCAGUGUUUUUAUAUCACAUAUUCACAUACCUAUCAUAAAAUGUUUGUAUUUAUUAUUUAAAAAUUAUUUAUAUAAAUAUCAAUCGGAUCAAUUAUUAAUAAAAUAUGAUAUUUAUGAAAAUUUUACUAAAAAUGUAUUUUGUUCUACAUUUCCUAUAAGAGAAUUCAGCUUUCUUAAUUUCAUGUUAAAAACAUGAAUAGAAUGAGGUAUAAAAAUUAAUUUAAUCUCCUAAAAUAUAUGGAAAAUUAUUUAAAUGCCAAUGUACAUGACUUUUUUGUAAAAUGAAAACUAUAAUAAAUAAUGAACUAAGGUUUAGCUUAGCUUUAAACAUUUAUUUAUGUGACAGAUACAUAUUUUUUAUCUAGUUAACAAGUAUAAUUUUAUCGUGUUUAAAAAUACUGUACUAUAAAUUAAACAUUUUGUAUAAAGAAGAAAUAAAUAACUUUGAUAUUAAAAUUACAUCUUUACUAAAAUAUUUAAAAUUUAUCUUGAUUCUUUAUUAAACCUGUUUUCAUUUAACACUGUUGCUUUUAGCUUUCUAUUGUGCUUUUUAUUUAAUGUAGUUAAUACCAUUUAUGUUAGUAUACUAUGAUUAUUUUUUUCACACAUUAUUUUUUUAUUAAAAUAUUAUUCAUAUUUGUAUAUAUAUAUAUAUAUUAAUUAAUUGUUAUUUUACUAAUUAUGUAUUUAACAAAGAGUAUAUUAUUUUGCUUAGAAUAUAUUUUGAUCAAGUAAUUAUUAGUUAACAAGUUUUUUUUUAUAAUUAGUGGAAAAGAACUUUUAGUAAAUAAAUACUUUUUUUAGGUUGUGGCUUAUUAAUGAAUUAUCUCUAAGAAAUUUUAUUUAUUCAAAAGAUGAUUUAGAACAAUACAUAAUUUUGCUGUAUAAUACAAUAAUAACAAAAUAAAUAUUUUAAUUUUCUGUUGUUAUUAACUUAGUAUUUAUUCAAUAGGAUCAAUGAUUGACUCCUUAUUCAAAGUGGAUGGCCAGUUUCCAUGUCCAAAAUGUGAAAAAUCAUAUGUCCAUUUAAGAAAUUUGCAUAGACAUUUGAAAAAUGAAUGUGGCAUCGAACCAUCUUAUCAAUGUCCUUGGUGUCCAAAAAAAUGUAGAUAUAACUUUACAUUGAAAUCUCAUAUUUUUGGUAAACAUUCAUCAACAUCAGCUAUGUCUAUAAUAUGAUUGUUAAACAUACUGAUCAUAUAGAAACAUUUAUAUAUUAUUUUAAUAAUAAAACAAUUUUAGAUUGGUACUAAUGAAUAAUAAUCAAUACUUGAGUGUUUUUUAAUAAAAUAUUUAUAUUAAGUCAUUAUUAGUUUUAAUCUUGGUGUAAUACAUAUUUAUUUUAUUUUAUUUUUAUCCUUCUAAUGUACUGAAAUGUGUAAUUAUCAUGAUUUGGGAUUUAUCUUGUGACUGAUUUAUUUUAACCUUUUAUAAUUAUAAUAGCUACACUUAUUGUCUAAUUUAACACUUUUGUAUAAUUAAUCAAUUUUAAAUAAAAAUACUUAAUAGAUAUGUUUA